AUGGAAAACAACGAAAAUCUACUAAUGAGGGAAAAAAAAGAUUCUAAUCAAAUAUUUAGCUAUGUUUAUUUUGUUUUGCAAGGCAUAAUUUCAUUAUUAGGGUAUAAUGCUAUCUUAGGUUCAUUAGAUUACUUUGCAUAAAAUUUUAGUGAUUAUAACAUUUACUUUUAUCUUCCCUUACCUCCUAUGAUAACAUUUAAUUUAGUCUCACUUGCUAUGCCUUUUAUCGCACAGAAAGUUUUAUUCCCUUUAAGAAUAUCAAUUUGCAUUUUUGGAAUGGUUGUAAUCCUAGUAAUGCUUCCUAUUGCAACAAACUAUUUAUCCUAAACAGCUGGAGGCUUUGUAGUGAUCAUGAUUCUUUCUUUAAUUUGGGGUGUUUUUGGUUAGAUUUUUAAUAGCUCAUUGCUUGGAUUAUCUUGCAUGAUGGACCAAAGUAAAAUAGUAGCUUACAAUAUAGGAAGUAGCGCAAGUGGAAUAAUAGUUAUCUUAAUUAGAAUAAUUGUUGUUUGUUUUUUAGGCGAUGAUGUUAAUUUUUCUACUUUGAUUUAUUUUCUUUCUGCUGGGUUUCUCAACGUAGUAGGUUUUAUAUUGCAUCAAUUUUAUGUUAAGACAACGAGCUAUAUGAGUCUUUAAGAAAAAAACAAAUAAAGUUUAAUAUAUUAAUAAGAAGAAUAAAUUAUUGAAGAUUAAAACUAUCUUGAAGAUAACUCUCCUGAAUAAAUAUAAACGGUGAGUACUGCAACUUACUGCAAAACUAUUGAAAAUCAAAAGAAAAAUUAGAGAUUACUAAUCUAAAAUAAUAAUGAAAAUGAUAAAAAAGCACUAUCUCAUUAUUCCCUCAACGAAAACUAGGAUGAAAGUAGUAAAAAAUCAUUUCAUAAACUUAAUUUCAGAUAAUAGUUUAUUCAAUAUUUACUCAUAGCUAAAGAUUUAAUGCCUUUACCUUUAUUUAUGCUCUUAAGCAACGUAUGUGCUAAUAUGAUGUACCCAGCUAUAAGCUUGAAAAGCUAAUUAUAAGGAAUUUCAUACACUUGGAGCUGUAUAUGGAUUAUUUUCAUGCAUAAUGUAUCUAAUGUUCUUGGUAAACAUGUAGUAGCAAUAAGAAGUCUAUACAAUAACAACAUCAUCUAUUCACUUAUCAUUCUACGUUUUCUACACUUUAUUAUAUUUAUAAUGAAUGCUGUCAAUAGUGAUUCAAUCUUCUCUGCAGACUGGAUCAUUUGUCUAAACAUAAUUGUUUUUUCUUUCUCUGCAGGAUACACAGAUAGUGCUCUUUUUAUUCUUUCCACUGAAAAAAUGAUUAGCAAUUAUCAUAGAGAAUAAGCAGGAUUUGUAAUGGCUUUUUCUUUAACUUUUGGAAUCAUGGUAGGAAUAUUUUUGGCAAUGCCAUUUUAAAAUAUCUGA